AUGCUGCCUUUCGCGCUCAAGGUGGCAUGGUUUGUGCUGUCUCUGACAGGCGUCCUGGGAAGCUGGGUCGGAUUUCCUCGAUUCACGACCGCUCUCAAUGGCUUGUGGAUACCCGUCAUGUUCUGCUUGGCAGACACGAUCAUGCAGUCGAUCUUCUGUCUCGGUAUGAUUUGGAAAAUGGAUCCGACGAUUAUGCCACAAGGAUUUUGUAUCGCGCAAGCAGCCGUGUCAGCUGUGUCAUGGUUCACGAUGACGACUAUAUGCGCCACCAUGACUCUGAUGACCUCGCUUGCGAUUCUUCGUUCACAUGGAAUGCUCGAUGCAGUGGAAUUACGACGAGCUCUGAAAUGGCGACACUUGCUCCUCCUAUCGAUUGUUGGCUUUCCACUCAUCGCGUUCGUGGCAUAUAUUGUCGUCUCACUGAAAACGGAUGCCGUCCGGCAGUCUGACGCUAUGAUCUGUGAGGCCACGAACCCCAUAUGGGUCAGCCUACUCAGCUUCGCUGGAGUGCCUUUGUUGCUCGCCUUCCCUUCAUUUGUUUUGUCUUGUAUAUCUGUAGUCAUCCUACUGUUUGGCCAGCAACAGCACCACAUUCCUUCCCAUGCACCGUGCAGCAACAACUGCGACGCCUUCACACCAAUGCCCGUACGUCGAAACUCAAGACCCAAGGGGAAACCUUUAGAACCCGAAAGGGAUGACGUCCCUGACAGCGCGGUCGAGCUGGAUACAUUGUCAUCUUUGGAUAAUCAACGGACUUCUAACAAUGCACACAUGGCAUCGUCAAGGCAGAAACCGAGGCCGAUCGUCAACAUUCUGCCUGCUCAUUCAUUGUCCACUGAUAAGCCGUAUCGAACGCUUGGACGCGCCACUAUCCCAAAUCACACCAAGCGUCAUCCUUUACCGUUCUCUUGGGGAUCAUCGACAACGCGAUCUUCUCCGGAAUACGACGAACACAGGCGCGAACGGCUCAGUAACUAUAGUCAGUCGCUGUCUCCGAUGUCGUUUGUCUCCCGGUCGGUUGUGUCAAGUGCGCGGACAAGUCCCAUCAGCAUAUCACUGUUUACCAGUGUCAGUCCGCGGGACACAUCUGCAUCUGCCCUAGACGAGGCAAACGCGGUACGCGAAGAGGCUCGCAUGUCAGGCGUUCGGGUCGUGACUGGAUACGAAGACGUCGAGGGAGACUGGUCAAGCGGCUCGAUGAAAUGGGCACACCACUGCUCUGACGUGUCCUCCUACACGAAAUCGGAGCUGGAAUUCACGCAUACGGAAAGUGAGGUUGAUGCAGAAGAGUUCGCUAUGUAUGCACGUAGGUCCACAUUGUAUUCCUUAUGGGACUUGUCGUAUCCAGAUCCACGCCCAGCGUGCCGGAGCCGUGUUGUCUGGCGUAUCAUGUUCUUCCAGCUUUUCCUGUCGCUGACACAAAUACUCGCAGCCAUGUCUUCAUUGGUGGACAUGUUCUCCGGUCGUACCGUGCCGACAUCGUUUGGUACGCAGCAUGUCGCGUUGAUCCUGAUUGCAUGGGCGUCGCCCAUCGCAUUCGGAGUUUGGCCACUGAGGCAACAUAAUCACUGA